AUGGACCCGGCUCAGCUACCUCCAUGGGACCUCCCGGAGGGCGUCACGUCUCGUUAUGUCGACACGUCCCCCGCGGGACUGAAGUUCCACGUCCUCGAGUCCCUCCCAGACACCCUCGCGCCCGGCCAGCGUCCCCCGCUGAUCCUCCUUCUCCACGGAUUCCCGAACCUGUCGUACGACUGGCGGUUCGUCAUGCCGAAGCUCGCCGCGGCCGGCUACUACGCCGCGGCGUUCGACAUGAGGGGCUUCGGCCGCACGCACAACGCGGACCUCAGCCCGGUGCCCGAGAGCUCGAUCCGGCCCAUGACGGCGCUGCGCGACGUGGUCACGCUGGUCCACGCGCUCGGGUACGAGGUCAUCCACACCCUCGUGGGACACGAUCUGGGCGCGUUCGUGGCCUCGGUCUGCGCCAUCGCGCGGGCGGACAUGGUCAAGUCGCUAGUCUUGAUGUCGCAUCCGUUCAAGGGUUCUCCCCGGCUGCCGUUCGGGACGGCCGUGUCUCCACGGCUGGCUCAUAAAGAUGCUCCCAGCCGGACCGGUGGUGGUAAAGGAGACGCAGCCAGGGCGGACCCCGAUAUCCAGACGUCCCUCUUAAAGCUCGACCCGCCGCGAAAGCACUACAAGUACUACAACGCGUCCCCCGAAGCUGCCGGCGAAUGGACGUAUCCCACGGGCGAGCCUCUGCACCGGUUCCUCAGGGGCUACUUCCACCUCAAGUCGGCAGACUACGCCCUGAACAAGCCGAGAGCCCUCCGAUCCUGGACGGCGGAGGAGCUCGCCGUCUUGCCACACUACUACGUCAUGCGGGCCGACCUGUCGAUGCGCGGAAACGUCGAGCUCGACAUGGCAUCGUCGGGCCCCAGCGACAGCGGCAGCGAUGGGCGUGGCGGCGGUGGCGGCGGUGGCGGCGGUGGCGAGACGGCCUGGCUCAGCGACGCGGAUCUCCAAGUGUACACGGACGCGUUCUCGCGUACGACCUUUGGGCCUCCUUUGUCGUGGUACAAGGUCCUCGUAGACGCGGCCCUGUCGGCGGACCUCGCGUGCUUCGCGGGCACACGGCUUGCCGUGCCGACAAAGUACGUGUCCGGGACGAGCGACUGGGGCACGCAUCAGGUGCCCGGCGCGCUCGAGGCGAUGGAGGGCGGCGAGAGCGUCCGCGGCGACUGCUGGAGGGGCGCCGUCCACGUGCCCGGGGCCGGGCACUGGGUCAACAUGGAGAAGCCUGGGGAGAGCGCCAGGGAGAUAUUGGAGCUGGCGGGAUCCGUCUAG